CUUUUGUGGGCAGUGUGCCAAGUCCUGCUGGGAAAUGAAAAACAGUGUUGCGCAAUGUUUUCUUCGAAAGUCUUACAACACGCAAGUGUUUUCAGAUAGAGUUAUAGACAGUCUUCAGAGGAAGAAGUGGCAGAAGGCGGAGUUUGUGGUUGUGUUGGAGGGGAUGGAAAAAAGAAGAAACCACGUUUUAGCUCUUCUUCUCUGAGAUGUGCUUCACCUCUGUGAUUCGUCUGAUACUUUUUCACACUUUGCUCUAAGAACGUGUUUAAAGGUUUUAUAGAUUUUAGAAGAGCAGAAACAGGUUCAGUUUAUUGCUGUUUGAGACACCGUGAGAAGAUGGCAGAAGAAGCAGCACCACAAAACAACACGAUGCAGAAGAUGAUCGACUACACAACAUCUACCAGGAAGGGGGGCAUUCUAAUGGCUGAGAUUGUGCUGUCCAUCAUCGUGGUUAUAUGUUUUGCUGUAUCAGUGUUUGGAUACUAUAUCUUGGCUGGCGUGUGGGAGUUGAUCUCCACCAUCAUCAUCUUCAUCAUUUUUUCCCUGGAGCUGCAGACUACUUUCAGAUUCAUAAACUUUCAAUGGACGGAUUUCUUUAGAGCAAUCAGCAGCUGCCUGCUGUUCUUCAUCGUCUCGAUCAUAUGUGUGGCCAGUAAAUGGUCAGACACUCCACAGAUUGUUGGAGGGGUCUUUGGUUUCCUGGCAUCACUGCUCUAUGGCCACGAUACUUACCUCAUCCUCACAGAAAUUAGAGCGAGUAAAGACAGUGCGCCAGUCAUGAUUGCAUCUAUCUGAGUUCCUUACCCAAACUGAAUCAGCAGUGCAGCAGAAAUGAGGAUGGUAUAGUUUUUGUGUGAUGAGCAACGGAACAGCAGAACAGCAUCAAAUGCUCUUCACAAAAAAACCCACAACAUCUUUAAAGUGUCUUGUUUUUUUGUAUUAAAGUAAUGCUUUUGUAUUUUAAAAUAAAGUAAAUUUACUUUGA